CCUAGGGAGUUUGACAGGCGUUCGCAUAUACACAUAUCUAUACAUGUGUAUGGGCGUUCAGGUGUAUUCUCUUCAUAGGAGGGCUUUCCCUCUUCCCAGUUGCUCAUGAACGCACCAUCAAUAUUGUUGCCUGUUUGUUAUCAUUGUGCGAACACUCUCAAUUUGGAAGUGGGACUUUCCAAAAUGGCAACAUUCACAAUUCCCAGCUGCGUGAACGCACAAAUAUUUUCGCGGAUUUUGUGAAAACCCAUUCUUUUUGCAUAGGGAUUUUACUUUGGAACCAGGAAGUGUUAAAAUGCUAAACUGCAUACUUCCGGUCGACUUCCACAGUCUAUAACCGGUCAUGUUAGACGAUAGAAAUGGCUGUGUAUCACAGUUGAGGGUUCCUUGUUUGAGUGAUCUUUACAGAUACGUACUGUGCUGUAAACUCCGUGGAAGCCUCGGGUAGAAGUAGGUAAGAGUCUGGCAAGUGAUUAGCUCGGUAGCUGUGUUCGGCCGUUAGCUGACUGUACUGUUAACGCGUCUAAUUAGCUGACUUGAAUGCAUGCUUCUCUUGCUGUAUGCUGUGCUUCCCAACUGGGAAGUGGGAUAGUUCUGACCUCCGACUGGAAGAAUACACCCGAACCUUUAGUAUGACCUGAACCAUUCUAUGACCUAAACGUCUGUCUAACGCUGAACAUCCCACUAGGAAAGUGGUCCGAGAAAAUCCAAAAACGCUGCUUUUUGCCUGUUUAAGACGGAAGAAAAGGAAAAAUAACAUCACCAACAUGUCAUCGGAAGACCAUUCCGAUCCUGAGACCAUUGAUAUUAUUGAUAGUGACCGUCCUGAUAGUGGAGAGGUCGUGGAUCUAACCAGCGAAGUGGCUGAAACAUCUGUGGUUGACCUGACCAACAAUGAUUCUGUGGUGCUGGUGGAUGAAGGUCUACAGAGCGAUGCAGACGAUUCCCCACGUGCCUUCAGACCCAGAUUAUUUCCUUCUCCGCAUAGGAACACCAGCUCAAGGUCUAAACCAGGUGUAGUGAGCUGUCCAAUCUGCUUCGAUACGUAUCCUGAGAUCCUCCACAGCGGUCGAGUCAUGGUGUCCACGCUGUGUGGCCACACGUUCUGCAGUCAGUGCCUACGGGACUCGCUCGCCCACGCACACACCUGUCCUACCUGUAGGAAGAAGCUCACACACAGACAAUACCACCCCAUCUACAUCUGAUGAACACACACA